AUGCAAAAUCAACAAGACGCCUCCAAGGCACUGAAGACAGCAGCGCGGCGACAGCGUUUUGGUCAUACCACCAACUCGCUCGUUACCAAGAUUGAGGCUCUUGAAGUCUUGACCAAUACGUUUCCCAAGAAACUUUCCGCCUACAAGGUAGAGUCCAUGGGCCGCGAGCUGCGAGCGCUCGACGUCACUUUCGAACGCUUGAUAACCCAAGUGAACGAGCAGGGUCAAGCCAUUGAGGCCCUGGACCGCGUCAUUAGCGAGCAGCGCAAGCUCAUCAGUUGUCUUCUCGCCAUCUUCGAAGCUCGUUCUGGAGAUUGCCAACCCAGCGGCGUCUCUACUAAGGCUGCGAUGGGCGCCCAGGUGAUUGCCAAUUAUUGA